AUGAGUGAGCGCACCACUGCCCGAGUGGUCAGUUGGAAGCCUGUGUCCUCCUACCUCUUCCGACCUUCCAUUAGCUCAGGUUUGAGGUAUCUGAGUUUUAUUCAGUUGCCCUUGACUCAAAGAAAGUUCUGUCAAAGUUGCCAGCAAUUGCUGUUACCUGUGGAUUGGAGGGAGCAUGGUGAACACCAGCUGCUGUCUGACAUCUCCAUCACCCAGCUCCAAAGGCCCAGUCAGCUGCUCUAUCCACUGGAGAACAAGAAGACACAUGCCCAAUACCUGUUUACCGAUAGGAGCUGCCAGUUUCUGGCAGGCCUCCUUGCUACCCUUGGAUUCAGAAGAGUACUAUGUGUUGGAACACCAAGGCUCCACGAGCACAUCAGACUGGCAGCACCAGGUGAAAAGUCCAGCACAAAAAGCCUCUUAUUGGAUAUUGAUUUUCGAUAUUCGCAGUUUUACCUGGAAGACAGCUUUUGCCGCUACAACAUGUUCAACCAUUAUUUCUUUGAUGGAAAGGCUGCCCUUGAAGUGUGCAAGGCAUUCUUACAGGAAGAGGAAGGUGAAGGAGUGAUUAUGGUGACAGACCCUCCUUUUGGUGGCUUAGUUGAACCUCUGGCUAUUACAUUCAAAAAGUUAAUUGCUUUGUGGAAAGAAGGUCAAAGCCAAGAUGACAGUCACAAAGAACUGCCCAUUUUCUGGAUAUUCCCCUAUUUUUUUGAGUCCCGGAUUUGCCAGUGUUUUCCAAGCUUCCGCAUGCUGGAUUACCAGGUAGACUAUGAUAAUCACACACUUUACAAACAUGGAAAGACAGGUCGAAAACAGUCUCCUGUGCGGAUUUUCACCAACAUUCCACCCAACAAAAUAACCCUUCCUGCAGAAGAAGGGUACAGAUUUUGCUCCCUCUGUCAGAGAUAUGUUUCUCUUGAGAAUCAGCACUGUGUGCACUGUAAUUCCUGCACAUCCAAGGAUGGCAGGAAGUGGAGCCAUUGCUUUCUCUGCAGAAAGUGUGUAAAGCCUUCCUGGGUCCAUUGUAGCACCUGCCGCCGCUGUGCGCUCCCCGAGCAUUCCUGUGCGGGCCCUAGAGAUGGCUGCUUUAUCUGUGGGGCUUUGGAUCACAAACGCAGCAGCUGUCCCAACAUCGGCACCUUGAAGAGAGCUAAGAAAACUGUCAGAAAGCAGAAGCAAAGAAAAAGUAAUACGAUAAAAACGGAGCCACUAAAGGACAAUCCAUGAAUCACACAUCUGCUCGAAGAAGAAAGAAGAGGAGGGAGCAGGCCCAUCAAUAUCCCUGCUCUUAAAUGUCCAGUGACUUGAGAAUAAGGAAGAUUUAUAGUCCAACCUUUCAUGCCAUUUUCUCCAAGUGCCACAGUGGACUUAAAUCCAGCUGCUUUCAAAGACGUGUACCUUCCUGAGCUCAGGAAUAGGCAGGUGGCAUUUGUGGGCUUCGAGCCCCUUCAGCAGCCUCUGCAGACCUGGGAGCUUUCUACCCUCAGCAGGUUCCCUGGUCCUGGCUCCAUGCUUUUUCCACUCUUUAAAUCCCACCAGUCUUUGUUUUGGCUUUUUUUUUUUUCUGAAAAAUGGGCAUACAGCAUAUGUUUACAUAUAAUACCAGAUAUUAAUGCAAAUGAAAAUUCAUAGUUUUCCUUAUGUUGUAGAGAGCCGCGUGAUGCCACGCCUUACAGGUGGUGCUGAUUCCCACCUUCCACCUUUCCAACGGUGAAUGCUCUCAGAUGUGUAACAACUCCAUAUAUGGCUAACGCUAAGAUCUGGCUUGCUUCCGCGGUUCUGGACCUAUCUGCGUUUCCCACGUGGCUUGCUGGGGUUGGCUACCCAGAGGUUAUUUAAGCUGCGGGCUGAAGAGGUUGAGAAGGAGCGAGAGGUUGCGAGAGGUAGCGAAAGGAUGAGAAGAUUAUUUUAAGGGCCUGAAUAAACCGCAGUUAAGAAGAGUCCGGUGUUGCGUCUUCAUUGCUGAUAAGACGGACGCGACAUUAUGUCAGGCUUUUGUUUUUAUUUAGAUAUGAAACUAUUUUUGUAAAAUGACCAAGCAAGACAUUAAGCACAUCCAGCCCAUGGCCCACGUGUGUCCCAGGAUAGCUAUGAAUCUGGCCCAACACAGAAUCAUAAACACAUUUAAAUAUUAUAAGACUUUGUGUGACUUUUUUAUCAUCACACAGUCCUUGACUGGGAACUUUGUAGAUGAUGUCAUGCUGUAAUGUCAAAAGGUUGGACAUGCCCAGACUCAACAAACAUAUGAUACAUAAUUAUUUAAAGAUUAGAUCAGAAUAUGAUGGGGUAAAUUAUUGUUAAAGUCCUUUAAAGAUAAAAAGAUUGUAAUUGUUGUUUUAUUAUUAAAUCUUUAUUUUUCAGUA